AUGGGGAUAUCACCUGACAAUGUUCAUGGACUUAUCUUGGCUGUUUCUUCAAGCAUUUUUAUUGGGUCUAGCUUUAUUGUAAAGAAGAAAGGGCUUAUUAAAUCCGGGAAUGGUGGAACCAGACCUGGUGAUGGAGGGCAUUCGUACUUGUUUGAACCUUGGUGGUGGGCUGGGAUGAUUGCUAGAGCUCAGGUUAAAGUUCCUGAUUUUGCUGGCAGAGCAGUUCUCAGACUAGUUAAUUACUUCAGGGAGACUGAUGGGCGAGUUGCGAUUAUGAUCCCUGAAGCUCUGGCCAAGCUGAACAGCUCCAUUGCCAUAAGGUUCUUGCCUCUUGGGUCUAAUUCUGCUGCUAAUUUUGGAAAUGAACUUCUGAUUGUAAACUACUAUGUUUUCCAAUUGCUUUCAGUGAUUGUUGGAGAAAUAGCUAAUUUUGCAGCUUACGCAUUUGCUCCUGCAAUUCUUGUAACCCCAUUGGGAGCUUUAAGUAUUAUUUUCAGUGCAGUGCUAGCUCAUUUCAUUUUGAAGGAGAAAUUGCAUAUCUUUGGUGUUCUUGGAUGUGUUCUUUGUGUGGUGGGCUCGACAAAUAUUGUUUUACAUGCUCCGCAGGAAAGAAAUAUUGAAUCUGUCAAGGAAGUAUGGCACCUUGCUACAGAGCCAGGUUUUCUUGUCUACAGUGGAGUAGUUCUAAUUCUGGUUUCUGUCCUCAUUUUCCGGUUUGUGCCACGUUAUGGUCAAUCCCAUAUGAUAGUUUACGUUAUGAGUGUCAAAGCCUUGGGAAUUGCUUUAAAGCUGACAUUUUCAGGAUCGAAUCAAUUCAUCUACUAUCAGACAUGGCUUUUCGCUUUAGUUGUGGUUUUUGCUUGCCUUCUGCAGAUCAACUACUUGAACAAGGCACUAGACACCUAUAAUACAGCAGUUAUAUCUCCAGUCUACUAUGUUAUGUUUACCAGUCUGACAAUUCUUGCCAGCAUGAUCAUGUUUAAGGAAUGGGACUCACAAAAUGCAUCACAAAUUGUAACUGAAAUCUGCGGUUUUAUCACAAUCUUAUCUGGGACAUUUCUCCUUCACAGAACAAUGGAUAUGGGAAAUGCUCCAAUAAAUUCCUUCACCCUCUCUCUCGAUUUUCCGAGAAAAUCUGCCUCUAGAAAGCUUUCAAGAAACCCAUCUCCACAAUUCUGCAAUACCCAUUUCAAGGUUUUUGUAAAGAUUUUGGUUCAUCUAAUGAUGCCACCAAAAAGAAAGAAAUGGACAGAAGUAGAAGAGAAAACCCUAAUUGAGAAAUACGGAGAGAUGGUCUCUGAUGGGACCCUUGCAAAAAUGAAAACUAGAGAGAAGAAAUAUAAACCAAUUGCUUUGUAUGUGAAUUCUGUGCACCAUGUUCGUGAUCCGAUUGCUUUCCCUUGGCAAUGGACAUGGAAGGAUGUGUCCACUAAGGUGCAGAAUAUGAGGCACCAGUACUUACUUGUUAAGCAAAAGAUUAAGAAACCUGAGUUUUCGUCGAUGGAGAAUUCAGGUUGUGGUGGCGGAGAGUGUAGUGGUAAUGUGGAUGAGUUUGAUUGGUUGGAAGGACUUACUUAUUGGUCGAAUUUUUUGAGGUACAAGGAGGUUUUUGGGGAUCUUCCGGUUGCUUAUGGGACUAAUGGCAGUAAUUGUAAUGAUUUGAUGGGAGUCUUGAAUGAGGAUAAUAGGGAGAAUGGUGGGGUUUUGUUAGGGGCUGUCAGGGGAAUGGACAUGGCAGAGUUUAGCCAACUAGGUAAUUCAGCAGAUGGUGAUUUUGCUGGGAUUGAUGGGGGUGAGAAUGGGGUGCUGGGUUUGGGGUUUGAUUAUGAAGGGGAAGAGGCAGAGGAGAAUUGUAAUGGUAAUGAUCGAGUGAGGGAGGAUGGAGAUGAUGGUUUCAUGUAUGAAGAAGUGGACCCAAAUGUGUCUAAUAUGAGGAAGAAGAGGAAGGCACUGAAGGGGUUAGAAAAGAGGGUGUUUGGGUUUCUAUCAAACCAGUUGGGGCAGUUGAGGGAUAUGGAGGCUCGAUUUGAGCAACGUGAGCUGGAGAGAGAGCGGGAGAAGCAGGGAAGAGAGAGUAUUCGGUUGGAGAGGGAGCAAGAAUGGGAACGGAAGUUGGAAGAAAGGGAAAAGGAGAGGGAAGAGAUAAAAAAGGCUAGGGAAAAGUUAACAAGGCAGAUGAUUCAAGAACGGGAAGCUAUGGAGAAGGAGAGAGAGGAGAGGGAGAGUAGAAGAAGAGAGGAGGAGUUGAUUCAAGAAAGGGAAUGGGAAGAGAGGGUGAAUAGGAAGAGGUCAGAAUGGAAGAAGAGGAUUGAUGAGAUGUUGAGUCAGCACCGAGCAGAAAUGGGGCAGAUCCAGACCCGUAUUCUUCACGAGCAACAAAACCUUACUGGCCAGUUGCUUGGGAUUGUUUCACAAUGGACUGCUCCAACUGGACUCUCUGAUCAUACCGGUGCUAGCAGCCAUUAUCUUUCACAAAUGAUGCAGAAUUUGCACCAUGUAAAUGGUAUGGUUCAUGGGGACAGCAGGGUUGAUGGAGAUACUCAGGAUGACCAAUUCAUUGUUGAUGGAUGA